CAAUUUAAAACUUUGUACAUUUAAAUAGUCUUUGUUUUUAAUUCUAUUACUUUGCUGAAUAAAAUAAAUACCAAUACAGCUAUUAAACACUAAAACAAUCUCCAAAAGCAAAUCAUAUUUUGACAUGAUCUCCAUACAAAACUGUGUCGCACGGUGGUGUCAAUAGCCGUAGUUGACACCACCUACUCUUUGAUUUUGCUUGGGGGUGUCAAUAGCUGUAGUUGACACCAUCGGUGGUGGCAAUAGAGCUACCCAUAUAUAUAUAAAUGUGUUUCGAAUACUUUUGUUUGUUGGAAUGGUUUGGAAUAAAAGUGAUUAUAGUUAACAGAGAUUUGCACAGUUUACUUGUAUAAUGGAUCGUUGUUGUUUUUGUGGAGCUCGUUUAUUUAGAGCGUCUAGCUUUCGACGAUUAGCACCACCGGUAUUUCGUAUGUUUGUGUCGAUACGUGUAUUGAAAACGCUUCCCUCGCACACGAAAGUUUGUAAUAAAUGUCGCCAGUCAUACGCGUACUGGAAAAGAUGUGAUCCGGAAUUUACAAAUAUUUUCGAUCGGAUCGAAGAAGAGUUUGUUGAAAAUGGUGAAUCAGAGGAUAAUCAUGUAGAAGAUAUGGAUACCAAUGUUUGCUCUGCGGUAAGAAAUUCAUCAGAAAAAGAAUGUCAAACUAUAGAACAGGCUGCUGCAGCAACACAAUUUGUCUCGAACUUCUCAAUGGGAAAAUAUUGA